AAGGUCAGGGAGCACCGUGAGUCACUUCUGGGCGACUGGUGUUCGUAUAUCCGGUACAUGGGUCCAAGCAGGGAUUUGCAGGUUCCCGCAGCCGCUGCGGGUGCCACGGCCGCCAUCAUGUCAGACACGGACAGAGAUGAAGAUUCCACUGGGGGCUGCCCAUUUUCUUUAACUGGAUUCCUUUUCGGCAACAUCAAUGGAGCCGGGCAGCUGGAGGGGGAAAGCGUCUUGGACGAUGAGUGUAAGAAGCACUUGGCAGGCUUGGGGGCUUUGGGUCUGGGCAGCCUGAUUGCUGAACUCACAGCAAAUGAAGAAUUGACUGGGAAUGAUGGUGCUCUGGUAAAUGAUGAAGGAUGGAUCAGGAGCACAGAAGAUGCUGUGGACUAUUCAGACAUCAGUGAGGUAGCAGAAGAUGAAAGUCGAAGAUACCAGCAGACAAUGGGGAGCUUGCAGCCCCUUUGCCACUCAGAAUAUGAUGAUGAUGACUAUGAUGCUGAUUGUGAAGACAUUGAUUGCAAGUUGAUGCCUCCUCCACCUCCACCCCCAGGACCAUUAAAGAAGGAUAAGGACCAGGAGGCUAUUACUGGUGUGUCUGAAGAUGGAGAAGGCAUCAUCUUGCCCUCCAUCAUUGCCCCUUCCUCUUUGGCCUCAGAAAAAGUGGACUUCAGUAGUUCCUCUGACUCAGAAUCUGAGAUGGGACCUCAGGAAGCAACACAGGCAGAAUCUGAGGAUGGAAAGCUGACCCUACCGUUGGCUGGGAUUAUGCAGCAUGAUGCUACCAAGCUGUUGCCGAGUGCCACAGAACUUUUCCCAGAAUUUCGGCCUGGGAAGGUGUUACGCUUCCUACGUCUUUUUGGACCAGGAAAGAAUGUCCCAUCUGUUUGGCGGAGUGCUCGGAGAAAGAGGAAAAAGAAGCACCGUGAGCUGAUACAGGAAGAGCAGAUUCAGGAGGUGGAGUGCUCAGUAGAAUCAGAAGUCAACCAGAAGUCUUUAUGGAUCUACGACUAUGCUCCACCACCACCUCCAGAGCAGUGUCUCUCUGAUGACGAAAUCACAAUGAUGGCUCCUGUGGAGUCCAAGUUUUCCCAGUCUACUGGAGAUAUAGAUAAAGUGACAGAUACCAAAGCCAGAGUAGCUGAGUGGCGUUAUGGGCCUGCCCGACUGUGGUAUGAUAUGCUGGGUGUUCCUGAAGAUGGCAGUGGGUUUGACUAUGGCUUCAAACUGAGAAAGAUGGAACAUGAACCUGUGAUAAAAGGUAGAAUGAUAGAGGACUUUAGGAAAUUUGAGGAAAGCAGUGGCACUGAUCUUCUGGCUGAUGAAAACUUCCUGAUGGCGACACAACUGCAUUGGGAGGAUGAUAUCAUCUGGGAUGGGGAGGAUGUCAAACACAAAGGGACAAGACCUCAGCGUGCAAGCCUGGCAGGCUGGAUUCCUUCCAGCAUGACUAGAAAUGCCAUGGCUUACAAUGUUCAGCAAGGUUUUGCAGCCACCCUGGAUGAUGAUAAGCCUUGGUACUCCAUUUUUCCCAUUGACAAUGAGGAGCUGGCGUAUGGACGUUGGGAGGACAACAUUAUUUGGGAUGCUCAGGCCAUGCCCCGGCUGUUGGAGCCUCCAGUUUUGACACUUGAUCCCAAUGAUGAGAAUCUCAUUUUGGAAAUUCCUGAUGAGAAGGAAGAGGCCACAUCUAACUCCCCCUCCAAGGAGAGUAAAAAGGAAUCAUCUCUAAAGAAGAGUCGAAUUCUCUUAGGGAAAACAGGAGUCAUCAAGGAGGAACCACAGCAGAACAUGUCUCAGCCAGAAGUGAAAGAUCCGUGGAAUCUCUCCAAUGAUGAAUAUUACUAUCCUAAGCAACAGGGUCUUCGAGGCACUUUCGGAGGAAAUAGUAUCCAGCACUCAAUUCCUGCUGUGGAAUUACGGCAGCCCUUCUUUCCCACCCAUAUGGGGUCCCUCAAACUCCGGCAAUUCCAUCGCCCAGCUCUGAAGAAGUACUCCUUUGGGGCAUUGUCUCAGCCAGGUCCCCACUCAGUCCAACCCUUGCUAAAGCACUUAAGAGAGAAGGCUAAGAUGAGAGAACAAGAGAGGCAAGCUUCAGGUGGUGGAGAGAUGUUUUUUAUGCGCACAUCUCAGGACCUCACAGGCAAAGAUGGAGAUCUUAUUCUAGCAGAAUACAGUGAGGAAAAUGGACCAUUAAUGAUGCAGGUUGGCAUGGCAACCAAGAUAAAAAACUAUUAUAAGCGGAAACCUGGAAAAGAUCCCGGGGCCCCAGAUUGUAAAUAUGGAGAAACUGUUUACUGCCAUACCUCUCCUUUUCUGGGUUCUCUCCAUCCUGGCCAGUUGCUGCAGGCGUUUGAGAACAAUCUUUUUCGUGCCCCAAUUUAUCUUCAUAAGAUGCCAGAAACUGAUUUCCUUAUCAUUCGGACAAGGCAAGGUUACUACAUUCGGGAAUUAGUGGAUAUCUUUGUGGUUGGCCAGCAGUGCCCCUUGUUUAAAGUUCCUGGGCCCAACUCCAAAAGGGCCAAUACACAUAUUCGAGAUUUUCUCCAGGUUUUUAUUUACCGCCUCUUCUGGAAGAGUGCAGAUCGGCCACGGCGGAUCCGAAUGGAAGAUAUAACAAGAGCCUUUCCCUCUCACUCAGAAAGCAGCCUCCGGAAGAGGCUAAAGCUCUGUGCUGACUUCAAACGCACAGGGAUGGACUCAAAUUGGUGGGUGCUGAAGUCUGAUUUUCGUUUACCAACUGAAGAGGAGAUCAGAGCUAUGGUGUCUCCAGAGCAGUGCUGUGCUUAUUACAGUAUGAUAGCUGCAGAGCAGCGACUCAAGGAUGCUGGCUAUGGUGAGAAGUCCUUUUUUGCUCCAGAAGAAGAAAACGAGGAAGAUUUCCAGGUGAAGAUUGAUGAUGAGGUUCGCACUGCUCCUUGGAACACCACAAGGGCCUUCAUUUCUGCCAUGAAGGGCAAGUGUCUCUUGGAGGUGACUGGGGUGGCAGAUCCCACAGGGUGUGGUGAAGGAUUUUCCUAUGUGAAGAUUCCAAACAAACCAACACAACAGAAGGAUGAUAAAGAGCCUCAGCCAGUGAAGAAAACAGUGACAGGAACAGAUGCAGACCUCCGUCGCCUCUCUUUGAAAAACGCCAAGCAACUUCUACAUAAAUUUGGCAUGCCUGAGGAAGAGAUUAAAAAGUUGUCCCGCUGGGAAGUGAUUGAUGUGGUGCGCACCAUGUCAACAGAACAGGCCCACUCUGGGGAAGGGCCAAUGAGUAAAUUUGCCCGUGGAUCAAGGCUUUCUGUGGCUGAGCAUCAAGAACGUUACAAAGAGGAAUGUCAACGCAUCUUUGACCUACAAAACAAGGUUUUGUCAUCAACUGAAGUCUUAUCAACUGAUACAGAUAGCAGCUCAGCUGAAGACAGUGACUUUGAAGAAAUGGGGAAGGCUAUAGAGAGCAUGUUGCAGAAUAAGAAAACCAGCUCUCAGCUGUCACGGGAACCGGAGCAGCAGGAGCGGAAGGAACUACAGAGGAUGCUACUGGCAGCAGGUUCGGCAGCAGCAGGAAACAAUCACAGAGAUGAUGAUACGGCUUCUGUGACUAGCCGGAACUCUUCUGCCACUGGCCGUUGUCUCAAGAUUUAUCGCACAUUUCGAGAUGAAGAGGGGAAAGAAUAUGUUCGCUGUGAGACGGUCCGAGAGCCAGCUGUCAUAGAUGCCUAUGUGCGCAUACGGACUACAAAAGAUGAGGAGUUCAUUCGAAAAUUUGCCCUUUUUGAUGAACAGCAUCGAGAAGAGAUGCGAAAAGAACGGCGGAGGAUUCAAGAGCAGCUGAGGCGGCUUAAGCGGAACCAGGAGAAGGAGAAGCUUAAGGGUCCUCCUGAGAAAAAGCCAAAAAAGUUGAAGGAGCGUCCUGACCUAAAACUGAAAUGUGGGGCUUGUGGAGCCAUUGGGCACAUGAGGACAAACAAAUUCUGCCCCCUCUAUUAUCAAACAAAUGCUCCACCUUCCAAUCCUGUUGCCAUGACAGAGGAACAGGAAGAGGAGUUGGAAAAGACAGUCAUUCAUAAUGAUAAUGAAGAACUUAUCAAGGUUGAAGGGACCAAGAUUGUUUUGGGGAAACAGCUAAUUGAGAGUGCAGAUGAGGUUCGAAGAAAAUCUCUGGUUCUCAAGUUCCCUAAACAGCAACUCCCUCCUAAGAAGAAACGGCGAGUCGGAACCACUGUUCACUGUGACUAUUUGAAUAGACCUCAUAAGUCCAUCCACCGGCGCCGGACAGACCCCAUGGUGACACUGUCAUCCAUCUUGGAGUCUAUCAUCAACGACAUGAGAGAUCUUCCAAAUACUUACCCUUUCCACACUCCAGUCAAUGGGAAGGUUGUAAAGGACUACUACAAAAUUAUUACUCGACCAAUGGACUUACAGACACUUUGUGAAAAUGUGUGUAAAUGCCUCUAGCCAUCUCGGGAAGGCUUCAGAGAGCAUUUGGAGCUCAUUGUGAAAAAUAGUACAAGCGACAAUGGGCCAAAGCACUCAUUGACCCAGAUCUCUCAAUCCAAGCUGGAUUUCUGUGAUGAAAAACUCAGAGAGAAAGAAGACAAAUUGGCUCGUUUAGAGAAAGCUAUCAAUCCCUUGUUGGAUGAUAAUGACCAAGUGACAUUUUCUUUUAUUCUGGAUAAUAUUGUCACCCAGAAAAUGAUGGCAGUUCCAGAUUCUUGGCCAUUUCAUCACCCAGUUAAUAAGAAGUUUGUUCCAGAUUAUUAUGAAGUGAUUGUCAGUCCAAUGGAUUUAGAGACUAUACGUAAGAAUAUCUCCAAGCACAAGUAUCAGAGUCGAGAGAGCUUUCUAGAUGAUGUCAACCUUAUCCUUGCUAACAGUGUUAAGUACAAUGGGCCUGAAAGUCAGUAUACUAAGACUGCUCAGGAGAUUGUGAAUGUCUGUUGCCAGACAUUGACUGAUUAUGAUGAACAUUUGACUCAACUUGAGAAGGAUAUUUGUACAGCUAAAGAAGCAGCUUUGGAAGAAGCAGAAUUAGACAGUUUGGACCCAAUGACCCCAGGGCCUUACACACCUCAGGCUAAGCCACCUGAUUUAUAUGAUACCAACACAUCCCUCAGUAUGUCUCGAGAUGCCUCUGUAUUUCAAGAUGAGAGCAAUAUGUCUGUCCUGGAUAUUCCCACUACCACUCCAGAAAAGCAGGUGACACAGGAAGGUGAAGAUGCAGAUGGUGAUCUUGCAGAUGAAGAGGAAGGAACCGUGUAACAGCCUCAAGCCAGUGUCCUGUAUGAGGAUUUGCUUAUGUCUGAAGGAGAAGAUGAUGAGGAAGAUGCUGGCAGUGAUGAAGAAGGAGAUAAUCCUUUCUCUGCUAUCCAACUGAGUGAAAGUGGAAGUGACUCUGAUGUGGGAUCCGGUGGGAUGAUACCCAAACAGCCCCGCAUGCUUCAGGAGAACAUAAGGAUGGGCAUGGAAAAUGAAGAAAGCAUGAUGUCCUAUGAGGGAGAUGGUGGGGCGGCUUCUCAUGGUUUGGAGGAUAGCAACAUCAGUUAUGGGAGCUAUGAGGAGCCUGAUCCCAAGUCGAACACCCAAGACACAAGCUUCAGCAGCAUCGGUAGGCAUGAGGUAUCAGAGGAGGAAGAAGAUGAGGAGGAAGAGCAGCGCUCUGGGCCGAGCGUGCUAUGCCAGGUCCACCUGUCAGAGGACGAGGAGGACAGUGAGGAUUUCCACUCCAUUGCUGGGGACAGUGACUUGGACUCUGAUGAAUGAGGCUUCCUUUGGGCCUCCUUGGUCAGCCUUCCCUGUUCUCCAGUCUAGAUGAUUUAAUUUGUUUAUAUUUGUACAGUGUCUGAUCCUGAAAUCACCAGAUUAAUUAACACCUUAGCCUUU